UUGCGGUAUGCACCCAAACCCAACCGAACCUUACCUUGUAUACAGCUGGCAAGCUGAUCUAUGGAGCUCGAAAAAAAUAAAUGUAAUCGUGUGAAAACAUUGCUCUUAGAAAAAUAGUAUUACCUGUUGUAUCUGAAUAAAUUUACUCAUAAUUGAAAUAAUGCCCCUGGGAGUGAAACCAAAAUGCGUAAAAUGCGAUGGAACUGAAAGUAUUCUGUGGCAUGGUACAGAAGCUGGCAACCAGUGCAACACCUGUUUUGAACUAGAACGAUUUCCAAACACAUUGGAUGACGACGAUAAAGCGAGCAAUAAUUCCUCAAACAGUGCCAAUAUUACUGUUAAAACCGAAUUGAAUGACUGUAGGUCACAACCUAGAAAAAGUACCAGAGUCACAAGGUAUCUCAAAAACAAACCAGCUCCACCUUUGAAACCCACACCAAAAGGGAGAGGACGGAGACACAUUUUCAAAAAAACGCCGAUUAAAGCUCCAGCAGCUGUAGCGACUCCAGUUACAAGUGAUUACGUCUUUUAUAAAGGUUCCUACAUUCAAGUAGGAGAUAUUGUUUCUAUGCAAGAUAUUGACGGUGGUCUUUACUAUGCUCAAAUAAGAGGGCUUCUCACCGAUCAAUAUUGUGAGAAAAGUGCAGCAGUUACAUGGCUGAUUCCAACUACUGCAAGUCCUCCACCAGAAGAUGGUUUUCACCCUGAGACAUACCUAAUCGGUCCCGAGGAAGAUAUACCUAGAAAGCUCGAAUGUAUGGAAUUUGUAAUGCACGCACCAUCAGAUUAUUUCAAAUUGAAAAAUUCUCCGUAUCCUCCACCUCUUACAGAGACAGGCGCUGGAUAUAUAUGGACAACACUGAAAAAAGAAGUGAAUGUUAGUAAAAAAUAAUAUGUUGUUAUCACUGGAUUUAAAUAUGUAUUAAAAUUAUGAGAAUAAAAUUUGUCUGUCAAGUCAAAAA